AUGACGAACGGAGUGGUCAGGAGCAUAUCUACUGAAUUCGGCUCUACCAAAUACUCAAGCAGCAAUGUUCAUGUUGUAGGAGAAAGCCUCGCGAAUGAUGGCGAAGAUUUUAACUCUGCUAUUGGAAAGGCAAACUUGGGAAAGUCAGGAAGAGUGAUAGAGCGUUUGACCAAGGAAAAUGACAUGUUGAAGCGCGAUGUCAAGAUUGAGAGGCUGAGAGCAGAAGAGGCUCUCGAUCAGGCUAGACUAGCUGAGAGCAGAUUCGCCCAAGAGAAUGAGGAGUGGGAACGGAAGUUACGUGAUGCUGCUUUGAAUUCAACUGUCUUGAAGAGGAGAGAACGACAACUUGCGGAUGCCAAAGAGAAAAUCGAAGCAGAACGACUCAAGGCCGAAAAAGCUAGUGAGAGUGAGCUCUUUUGGAAGAGUGAGAUGGAGAAAAUACAGAAGGAAUGCAAAGCGAAGGUCGAAGAGGCUCAGAGCCGAGCCGAGCUAUACGAAGGGAGAAACAACGUGAUGACCAACCAUUGGAAGGACCAAGAAAAGCAGGCUAGUCAAACAGUGGCGAAGCUGGAAAAGGAAAUCAAAAUAAUUGUGAAAGAAAGGAGGGCUGAUGAUGAGAAAAUUACCAUGCUAAAACGCCUCGCGGAGCAACAAGCGGAUCAACUAAAAGCACUACAGAAAGAAAAAGAUGACGUUGAUCGGAAGUAUGAGGAGUAUAAGGCAGAGAAAGAGCAGUCCCUCGCGGAUAUCAAAGAGAAUGCUAGGAAGCAGGAGAAGGCCAACGAGGAAAUUAUGGUGGAGGCGCAGAGAGUUCUUGGGGAGCUGAAGUGGGCUCUGAAUGUCAAGAAGCAUGUGAAAGGAGCUGAAUAA